AUGAAACAGGCUGGCACUAUUCGCUAUGCUUCGGACGGUCUCAAAUCGGCGUGGGUGGUUCUGCCCCCCUUGGUGGGGAAUGGGCUCUCAGGGGGGCGGUGGCGUUUUGGUGCGCUACCCAGGGCCACGGGCGCCGCGCAAGGUCGCAUUGCCGACGUUCCGCUGGGCCACAUUUCCCAUAAUCCUGACGCUGUCCAUGGUGGGUGCACCACCUUGUUGGAUUUAAAGGCGUUCUUUUUCCAGGUGGGCCUGGCUGAAGGUAUUCGGGCUGGGCCCCGUUGCCGCAGGGAAAGCGGGGAACUUGUCGGGGCGAACCGGCUUCCAAUGGGUUUCAAACGCUUCCCUGAAAUUCUGCACAGCAUUGCGAGAGUGGAGGCGGGCGGCCCGGGAUGGCCAAACUGCGUUAUGCAGCCCCGGGGCCAUUGA